AGUGUGUUUCGCGUGAUAGUUUUUGCAUUGUGUGUGGUGUUUUCAUCAAACGCAGGAAAUCUGCAGUGCUUUUUUUGCAGUCGUCCAUCAAGCACCUUGACAUUUCGCUUCCAUAUUUGGUUUAAUAAUCGGCUUCUUCACGGGUACGUCGCGUUGUUGUAUGUGCGGUAAUAAUAUGUCGGCGCCUCUACCUGCCAUCGUGCCUGCUGCCCGCAAAGCCACCGCGGCGGUGAUCUUUCUGCAUGGCCUCGGUGACACGGGUCACGGCUGGGCAGAAGCAUUUGGUGGCAUCAGGAUUCCACACGUCAAGUACAUUUGUCCACAUGCCCCAACCAUGCCUGUCACCUUAAACAUGCGAAUGUCCAUGCCUUCCUGGUUCGACAUUUACAGCUUGAGUCCAAAUGCGGAAGAAGACGAAUCCGGCAUCAAGAGAGCGUCAGACAACCUUAAAACCAUGAUUGACCAGGAAGUGAAGAAUGGGAUCCCCUCCCAUAGAAUCAUCCUGGGUGGAUUCUCACAGGGCGGUGCCUUGUCGCUCUACACGGCUCUGACCAGCCAGCAGAAGCUGGCCGGGGUGGUGGCCCUCAGCUGCUGGCUUCCUCUGCGCAACGCCUUCCCUCAGGCGGCGGCGGCGGCGACGGGCGGCGGUGACACCAACAAGGACGUGACCGUGCUGCAGUGCCACGGCGAGGCCGACCCGCUGGUGCCGUUCUCUUUCGGAAGUCGCACUGCCGAAAAGCUGAGGAGCCUCUUGGGCCCCGAGAAGGUCCUCUUCAAGGCGUAUCCUGGCCUGCCCCACAGCGCCUGUCCAGAGGUCCGCACCAAAUGUAUCCUGUAGUCCAGGGAUGGGCAACUGAAGGGGGGCCUCAUUUUGUCCAUUUGUUCA